CUGAGCGGCUUGUGAGAACGAGGCUUCACGCUUACGCAUGUAUUCCGAACUACACGCAUACGAGUCGCGCCAUUUUCUGCUUGCGGUGGGAUCAACUCGAUCAUCAUGGACAGUGACUAUUUGCAACGUGUAGUGGGAGAGUGUCUGAAGAAGUGUUUGGCAGAAGUUGCAGAAAAACGACCGUUUGACCCCAUCGAGUACAUUGCACAAUGGCUCUACAACUAUACCGUGAAUGUGAAAUACGAAGAAGAGAAAAUAGAAGAAGCCAAGCAAGUUGAGCAGGAAAAAUCAGACUUUGAAUUUGAGAGAAAAAAACGAGAUCAGAUGAAGGAAGAGGCUGUACGUUUUGCUGAAAUUGCAGCAGAAAGAGAAAGACAAAAAGAAGAACAACAAAAAAGAGAAGCACAAGCAGCCUUAGCUUCUAAGCUUGCUCCAGUGGAAGAGAAAGAAGAACCACCUGAAGACAGUGUUAAGACAGCUGAGGUGACAGUAGAGAGUGUUCCUCCUUCAGAAGCUGUGGCAACAGAGACACCUGCAGGAGAAGAAGGGGCUGGUAUUGCUGAAGUCCCAGAGGAAGAGACAGCUGUUGCUGCUGAUGAAGGAGGAACAAGCGAAGAAGCAGGGGAGGCAAUUGAGGAAUGAGAUCUCAUAAGGAGGAGCCUUAUGUUCUUUCUUCCUUGGUUUUGUGUCUCAACAUCAGGUGUCAGUCAUCAGUACUGUCCAUGAUGAGGACAUUGAGGUAAUCGACUCAUAAAUAUUUAGAUACUAUCUUUGAUAAUAAGCUUAAAUGGGAUGUCAACACUGACAUGAUCCUAUUGAGAGACAGCAGCGCCUUUACCUCCUACAGAAAUUCAAAUCUUUCUAUGUCAAAUCUGUCAUCCUCACUCAGUUCUAUCAGUCCUUCAUUGAAAGUCUCAUCACUUGGUUCCACAACCUCUCCCUAGGGAACAGGAAUAGUCUUGUCUAGAUCAACUCUACUUGCCAUGAUCUUCUAUUAACCUGUGGUGACCUAAGGUCGCCAACUGUAUCUUACUGUUGCUGGGAGUAUGCGUAUAUAUAGUAUGUGCGAGAGAGAAAUUAUUUGAACAAGUAUGUGUAUUUAUCUGUAUAUUGCUAGUUGCUGGAAUUGUCCUUGUUGGAAUUAUGAAGUUGUAUUAAUUUUUUUACAGUUCAAUUUCUUUCCUGUCACUGAAUAAAUAUAGUCUUUUUAUGAUAAGUGUUUAACAUUGAAAACAUAUUAAUACUAUUAUACAAGGUUUGUUAACAUAAGACUUUGAUAUUUGAAUGAUGCUUUUGAACGUGCUGUUACACUGAAAUAUUUGAUUUGUUAAAGUUAUUGAUACUUUCGAAGAAAGUAAUGUGUAUAUGUAAAAAUAUAUCAGUUAAGAUGAUUGACAAAAAGUGUUGAGUUAUUUUUCAUUCCUUUGUGUAAUUUAUUAUUAUUAUACAAGAUGGGGUUUGCUUCUGAUCCCUGCUAAGAGAGCUUCCAUAUUAUCUUUGAUGGUUAAGUCAAAGAAACAAUUUAAGUAAUAUGAGAUAAAAAUACACAUGUUCUGUUUUACUUUAUGAGUAAUAAAAUUUUAAAAAAUCAG